AAUUAGCGUGCAGGACGGGCAAGGAGGGUGGGGGGCGGCGGAGUCUCCUGCGGACACCGCCCGCUCCCGAGCUUCUGUCAGGGGAGCUGGGCGUGCGGAGGCGGCUGAGGAGGCGGGAAGGCGGCAGUGGUUGAAGGGGUGAUUGCUGACUAGCGGGGAGGGAGUGGGCAGCGAUGGUGAUGGCGGCGAAGAAGGGCCCGGGCCCGGGCGGCGGGGUCAGCGGGGGCAAGGCGGAGGCGGAGGCGGCCUCGGAGGUGUGGUGCCGUCGGGUGCGGGAGCUGGGUGGCUGCAGCCAGGCCGGGAAUCGCCACUGCUUCGAGUGCGCCCAGCGCGGGGUCACCUACGUGGAUAUCACCGUGGGCAGCUUCGUGUGCACCACCUGCUCCGGCCUCCUGAGAGGGCUGAAUCCCCCUCAUCGUGUCAAGUCAAUCUCCAUGACAACUUUCACUGAGCCUGAAGUAGUAUUCCUGCAAUCCCGUGGAAAUGAGGUUUGCCGGAAGAUUUGGCUGGGUCUAUUUGAUGCUCGGACAUCUUUAGUACCAGAUUCCAGGGAUCCUCAGAAAGUGAAGGAGUUUCUCCAGGAAAAAUAUGAGAAGAAGAGAUGGUAUGUCCCCCCAGACCAAGUCAAGGGGCCCGCUUAUACCAAAGGCAGUGCCUCCACCCCUGUGCAGGGCUCCAUCCCAGAAGGAAAGCCCCUUCGGACACUUCUGGGUGAUCCUGCACCGUCUCUCUCAGUUGCUGCCUCCACCUCGAGCCAGCCCGUCAGUCAGUCUCACGCUCGGACAUCCCAGGCCCGGAGCACUCAGCCACCUCCCCACUCCUCUGUCAAAAAAGCCAGUACUGACCUGCUGGCUGACAUUGGUGGAGACCCCUUUGCUGCACCCCAGACGGCACCAGCUUUUGCUGCAUUCCCUGCCUUUGGGGGUCAGACACCUUCCCACGGGGGCUUUGCCAACUUUGAUGCCUUCAGCAGUGGCCCCAGCCCUUCUGUGUUCGGAAGCCUCCCUCCAGCUGGUCAAGCCCCGUUCCAGGCCCAGCCAACUCCUGCGGGUUCAAGUGAUUCUGGUGCCUCAGCCUCCCAUGUAGCUGGAAUUACAGGGAGCAGCCAGGGGACUCCAUUUGGUGCCGUUCCGCUGGCACCCACCAGUCAGCCAAACAGCCUCACAGACGUGGGCAGCUUCCUGGGACCCGGGGUGCCCACUGCAGGUGUUCCUAGCAGCCUUUUUGGGAUGGCUGGCCAGGUCCCCCCACUCCAGUCUGUCACGAUGGGCAGCAGCAGCAGCACAGGGCUGGCCUUUGGAGCCUUCACCAACCCUUUUGCAGCUCCCGCCGCCCAGCCCCCGCUGCCUUCCACCAACCCAUUCCAGCCCAAUGGCUUGGCGCCAGGGCCAGGCUUUGGGAUGAGCAGUGCUGGGCCUGGCUUCCCCCAGGCAGUGCCACCCACUGGGGCCUUUGCCAGCUCCUUCCCAGCACCGCUGUUCCCCCCGCAGACCCCACUGGCUCAGCAGCAGAAUGGCUCUUCCUUCGGGGACUUAGGAUCAGCCAAGUUGGGACAGAGGCCACUGAGCCAGCCAGUUGGGAUCUCCACCAACCCCUUCAUGACUGGACCUUCAUCAAGCCCAUUCGCCUCCAAGCCUCCAACCACCAACCCCUUCUUGUAGCACUGUGUUUUUGGGGGACCUCUUCCCUGCCUUCUGGGGCCCUCUGCUCCCUAGAGCUCUGGUGACCACUUACCUGUGGGCGUUUCUAUGGGCCUUAGGGAUGGUGGAGGUGCUAAUGCUUUGCUUGGGGCCUACAGGUGAAAGGUGGCUGUCCUCAGAUUCCACAAAGCCUCUGCUCCCCUCCCUCGUCCCACCCCCACCCAGGCAGGAAGCCCAGGAGGAGUGCGGGCAGGGCCUGGCCUGGAGGAGUGAUAGUUGAGGGGAGGGAUUUUUUUCAAAUGAUCAGUUAGGACAGCUCCCUGCUCCCCUGCUCUCUGCACAGUGCUCCCCCACUCCCAGCCCUGUGGGUGGAGGACAUUGCGAGCACAGACUGGCCAGCCUUACCCCGUGGGAACAGCUCUUCCCUUGGCCCAGCUCGCCAGCGCUGUGCUCCUCGUGGAUGGGAGUGCAGUGGGGAAGGUAGGGGAAACAUGAGGCACAGUGUUGACGGGGCAGUGACCAGACAGUCCCGGGAGCCAGAAGGCCCAGGUGGCCCAAGUGCUCUUGGUGGCCCAGCUUGGCCAGUGCAUACUUUCCUCCUGCAGCACCCCGUGCUGAAGGGGUCCCCCAUUGUUUUGCUUCCCCAGCGCCCAGGAUGAGCGGUUUACCUUUGAGCUCACCCGGGCCCAGCUCCUGUCAAGCACUUUAGUUAGCUGUUGGUGUCAUGUUUGGAUACCAGUGUUUUAUAUUUAUACAUAGAGAGGAUUUUCUAAUAUAGCCUAUUAUAUAUAAAUAGAUCUAUCUAUAUGCACAUACAUAUAUACACACACCCAGCCGAUCUCCCGCUCCCAGACUGCUCUCAUAUGUGGGGAAUGGGAUGAAUCCCCAACUGUGCCUCGACCAUCAAAGCCGGAGCUCCAGGGCUGGAGGGGGGUAGCUAUGUGUCCUGACCCCCACCAUUCCCAGAGCCUGGGUUUUCCAGGGAAAGGCUUUGUGCAAUUGCCUGGUCUUUUUUUUUUUUUCUCCAUGUGCCUCCCCAUCCCCAAAUCUCUGCACCAAAGCUCAUUGCAGGCAGUGUUAGAAAAGAACUGCAUUUGAACGAAAGAGAAAA